AUGCAACUUCUUCAAGAGUUGAGAACCACCCAUUUAAAUAUCAAACCAUCUUUUCCUUAAACAACAACAACAAAGAGAGGACAUCACAUGAAGCUCACCAUCAAUGGCCUAAAACAUCAAAAUGAAAACCAACCCAUGUCUCAAUCUUGCCCUCUGUGGCUUCUACUCUCUCAUCCUCUUCUUCUCCAAACCUUCUCACCAAACCUUAGACACUACUCUUCCACCACUCCCAAACCCUAGACUCUUAAAUGCAUACAUAGCUCUUCAAGCAUGGAAACAUGUGAUCACAUCAGACCCCAACAACUUUGUUUCAACCUGGUGUGGAUCAGAUGUGUGCAACUACAAGGGUGUGUUUUGUGCACCAGCCCCGGAUGACCCUCAUGUCACUACGGUCGCCGGAAUCGACCUAAACCAUGCUGGCAUCACCGGAUUCUUGCCGGAAGAGCUCGGCCUCCUCACUGACCUUGCUCUCUUCCACAUAAACUCCAACCGGUUUUUCGGUAAGGUACCGGAAAGCUUUGCCAAGCUUCACCUUCUUUAUGAGCUCGAUAUUAGCAACAACCUCUUCUCCGGUCCCUUCCCUUACGUUGUUCUCUGUCUACCUUCGCUGAAAUAUCUCGACAUCCGAUUCAAUGAAUUCAAAGGCGAUGUCCCUUCGGCCCUUUUCGACAUGAAACUCGACGCCUUGUUCAUCAACAGCAACAAGUUCCGGUCGUCGUUGCCGGAGAAUUUCGGGAACUCCCCUGUUUCUGUUGUGGUAUUGGCUAACAACGACCUUGGCGGUUGCUUACCCGCGAGUAUAGGUAAAAUGGCGGGAACACUGAAUGAGAUCAUUCUAAUGGGUACCGGGUUGUCGGGGUGUUUGCCGCCGGAGAUAGGGUUGUUGAAGGAGGUGACGGUGUUUGACGUGAGCUUUAACGGGCUUGUCGGGACGUUGCCGGAGUCCAUGGGGGGAAUGAAGAGAUUGGAGCAGUUGAAUGUGGCGCAUAACAAACUUUCCGGCCUGAUUCCGGCGAGUAUAUGCUCGUUGCCGAAGUUGGAGAACUUCACGUACUCGUAUAAUUACAUCUGCAGUGAACCCACAACGUGUCUCAAGUUGCCGGCGAAAGAUGAUCGGCUGAACUGUAUACCAGAUAGGCCGUUGCAGAGGUCAGAGGGUGAAUGCGCGGCCUUUUAUUCACAUCCGGUGAAUUGUGGUGCCUUUGGUUGUUCAGUACCACCAAUGAGUACACCUCCGCCUCCGCCGCCACCACCACCACCGCCGCCUCCGCCACCACCGCCACCGCCAGUGGUUUAUCAUCAUUAUCCAUCACCACCGCCACCGCCAGUGGUUUAUCAUCAUUAUCCAUCACCACCGCCGCCUCCUCCACCUCCGCCGCCGCCACCACCACCGCCGCCGCCAGUGGUUGAUCAUCAUUAUCCAUGAUUAGUUAACUUUUUUACUCUUGAUAUAAUUGGGGAAAGGACUGGAAUAAGUAUCAUUAAAAAAAUUUGGAAAAAAUAAAUUUUUUUUUUUUUGGAUUUCUUUUCUCUCAAUUUCUAAAGAAAGAUUGACUACCAAUUUGUAUUGCACGUGUACAUGCUCUCCUGGUAAUUUAUGUGAUGUUGUGAGGUGCU